CCUCCUUCCUGACUCCGCACAGCUGUUGCUGGCUGUCCAAGUAGAGCAGUGUAGUGGUCGAUCCCUCUAAGCCCAAGACAGGCUAAUUUUAAUAACUACCUUGACAGCUAUAUUCGUAAUAUCCAUAUAGUGUCCGUAUACAUCAGACAGCCUUCCGAAGCACUGGGAUAUGGCCAGGCAAGAACAGAUCCUGCUGCUAGACCCACCACAUGAGCUCAAAUUUAGAGGUCCAUUCACAGAUGUCGUUACUGCAAACCUGAAGCUUGCCAACCCCACAGACCGGAAUGUGUGUUUUAAGGUGAAGACCACGGCGCCGCGCCGCUACUGUGUGCGGCCCAACAGUGGUGUCAUUGAUGCGGGGACCUCCAUCAAUGUGUCUGUAAUGCUCCAGCCCUUCGACUAUGACCCCAAUGAGAAGAGCAAACAUAAGUUCAUGGUGCAGUCCAUGGUGGCUCCAGUGGACAUGGGGGACAUGGAGGGAGUGUGGAAAGAGGCCAAGCCAGAGGAACUGAUGGACUCGAAGCUGAGAUGUGUGUUUGAAUUGCCCUCGGACAGUGAUAAGGCUCAUGAUGGAGAGAGCAACAAGGUGUUGUCCUCCUCCUUGCUGAAGUCGGAGUCCUCCAUGCCCAAGUCGGCCAGCGCCUCUCUGGACGACGGGGAGGUGAAGAAGAUCAUGGACGAGUGCAAGCGGCUGCAGCUGGAGGUGCAGAGGCUCCGCGACGAGAACCGACAGUUCCGGGAGGACGACGGGCUGAGAAGGAGGAAGACCACGUCCUCUCCCCCGAUGUCAGUGGCGGGCUCGGGCGGGGCGCUGCGGGAGGAGGGCCUGAGCACCCGCGUGCUGGCCUUCUGCAUCCUCUUCUUCGUCAUCGGCGUCAUCAUCGGCAAGCUGGCCCUGUAAAUAGGUGGCGGGAGGCGGGCCGCGAGCCACUGGAGCGAGCGCCCUGAAGGCGGCUGGAGCGGCAGCAGCAGCAUGCGUUAAAAGGAUGGAACAGACAAGAUUUGGGACGGGCCAGCGGGUAGGGGUGAGGUGAGGGAGGGGGAGGGGUAGGGGUAGGGGUAGGGGGGGAGUGCCCUGUCACUGACGGCUCUUCUUCAUCCAUUAGAUAAAUUAUUUAAAAAGAGAAAACAUAACGAUUUGGAGAGGUAAUCAGUUAUAUAUUGAGUAUAUAAAGUCCAGAAGACCCACACAUCACAGAUCUUGCCUUUUAAUCAUAGUGUAUCCUCCUCUUCCUCUGUCCUUCCUCCUCCAUCUUCCUUUCUUUGUCCUUCUACAGCUCUCUCUCUCUCUCUUCCCCACGACCCUUUUCUCUCACACACUCUACUCACCCAGAUGCUCUUUUAAAUCCCCAUCACCAUUCUCAGCCCUCUUCCCAUCCCCUUCCCUCCUUCACAUCUCUCUCCAUCUCACCAUCUCCCCCUUCUCCCCGUCCCCCCGUCCAAGCCCCCACUCUGUUUCCCCUCUUCCCUUUUUUUUGCACAAAUAAUUAUGUUAUAUUUAGGGGGGGGAGUGGGGUGGGAGGACUGGGGUGAUAAGCUUGUGUUAAUAGUUUCUCUUUUUCUUUCUUUUUUAAUUUUCUUUUCUUUUUCUUUUAAAAGAUGACUAAGGUUGCCCCUUUUACAUCCUGGUAAGGUGUUGUGUGUGUGUGAGUGUGUCUGUGUGUGUGUUAUUGUUUGUUUGUGUGACCCUGAAAUGUUGGCAGGGGUGUCAGGAGGAUGGAAUGCUUGAGGGAAGAAGGCUAACUGUAUGUAUCACCCACGGGGUUUCAUUUAAUGAGGUGGACGACAAACUUGUGUAAAAGAAGUGUCGUUUCUCCUGUUAAAAAAAAAAAAACACUGCACUGCACUUGUUCCGUGUUUUUUUGUUUGUUUGUUUGUUUGUUUGGUUGUUGGUGUUCGUUCAUCGGCCGCUGUUCCUAACAAGAGAUGGCUGAGUUCCUGUCCUCACGUUUGUUUGUUGUUGAGGUGUGCUUGAGUUCCUGUGUGGCUCCCUUUGCUGUGACAGUACAGUUCAGUGCAGGUAGGGGAUUGGACGGGAGGGUGGGGGCUGCACGGGGGGGAACCCUGUCCCAGCCAAUGGGCACAACCGUCAUUCUUUUUGACAAGUCACACACGCUCAUCCAAAGGCAUAGGUUUUCACCAUUGUCACUGCAAUAUACUUUAUGGCAAAAGACUGCCCCUGAAGGCCACUCCCUGUUCCUACAGGUGGUGCGCCUCGCAUACAUGUACAACACAAACACCCACAGGAAAAAGAGCAAUGUUUUGGGUGCCGACCGUCCAUUCAAAAGUGCUCCUACUUCUACUUGGUUUCAUAACAUCUGCAUUUGUUUGCUUCUGCAUCUCAUGUAUACUGUAAUUAUUAGGCUAUUUGUCCAUUGUUUCUUCUUUUUUUGUAUUCAUAUUAGCCAUAAAUGUAAUCAUGAGCUUUGUAAAGAGCUGUAUGCUAAUGAACUCUUCACUGUUUCUGGGGGGGCAUGGAAACAUUUGGGGGGUUUCCCUUGUGUUUAAAAGAAAGAAAAAAAAAGACAUUAAAUACUGUCUAUUCCAAAGGGACCAUCUAAUCACUA